AUGACUUUAGUGAGACGAAGAAAGGUUCCUCUGGAUCUGCUGGUCAGAAGCUCCCCACACAUGGACCUGAUGGUGGAGAACACUAAGCAGACAAUGUCGGUUUCCAACGACAGUGCAUACGACUCCUCAGCAGUGGACACAGACACAGAAGAGGGACAAACCCACUCCAACAUCACACUCAUCCUCACCUACAAUGAAGAGCUCAUGCAUAAGACUAUACUAGUUGGAGACAGUGGAGUGGGGAAGACAUCUCUGUUAGUGCAGUUUGACCAGGGGAAAUUCAUCACAGGAUCCUUCUCUGCUACUGUGGGCAUUGGCUUCACGCCACCAAAUCUGACAGAGGGAAAAUACAACGGACAGUCGGGACUGCUGAGAGGAUUAUUGGUGCCCCUCUACCCACCCUCCAAGGUCUGA